AUGCAAAUGUGUUUAUUAAAUUUAAAAGAUUUGUGUAAAAGGAAAAAAAAUCGAAGAAAGAUGACGCUUGAUAAAGAACAAACAUCACGUAAGCGACCUGCUGAACCCGUCGAACCAAUGGAUAUCGUUACGGAAGAAAUAAUUAAUGAAUUAUCAGCUAAACCAGAUGCUGUUGUAGCUCCAGUCAAAAAAUCUAAAAAAUCAAAUUCAAAAUUUGAAAUGAGAAAAGUAUCAGUUCCAGCACAUCGUUAUACUCCUCUCAAAGAAAAUUGGGUUAAAAUAUUUUCACCAGUUGUAGAACAUUUAAAUUUACAAAUACGAUUUAAUUUAAAAACAAGACAGGUAGAAUUAAGGACGUGCGAAAGCACAAAAGAUAUAGCUAACCUUCAAAAAGGUGCAGAUUUCGUGAAAGCUUUCGUUUACGGUUUUGAAAUUGAAGAUGCAUUAGCUUUACUUAGGUUAGAUGAUUUAUUUAUGGAAUCAUUUGAAGUGACUGAUGUGAAACCAUUAAAAGGAAAUCAUUUGUCUAGAGCAAUAGGAAGAUUGGCUGGUAAAAGUGGUAGAACAAAAUACACAAUUGAAAAUGCAACAAAAACAAGAAUAGUAUUAGCAGAUUCUAAAAUUCAUAUUCUUGGAUCAUUUAAUAAUAUACAAUUGGCUAGACGAGCGAUAUGUAAUUUGAUUAUGGGAAGCCCUCCAUCGAAAGUUUACGGACAAUUAAGAAAUGUCGUUGGCAGAGUUUAUAAUAGAAUGUAA